AUGGUUGCUCUUCCAGAUUUCUCACUAGGCGCCAUGGAGAACUGGGGCCUCAUCACUUAUAGGGAAACCGCCUUGUUGUACGAUGAAAGAUACUAUGCACCGUUGAAUAAAGAAAGAGUUGCUUUCGUUGUUGCUCACGAACUUGCCCAUCAAAAGGAUUACUUCCUAGUGGAAGCAUUCGCACAAGGCAUGGAAGCUGACGCGGUAGCUUCGAGCCAUCCACUCUCCUUUAGGGUGGACAAGGCUCCAGAUGUUGUCGAAGCUUUUGAUGAUGUCACUUAUCGUAAAGGAGCGUCGGUUCUUACAAUGCUGCAGGCCGUGAUUGGUGAGGAAAAUUUCAGACAAUGCUGCAGGCCUUGA